AUGUCUGAACAUGAUACUGGUUCAUCAGAUGAUGAAGAACGUAUUAAUGAAAUAAUAACAACUAAAAGGAAAAAAGGAAAUAGUGUUUAUCAACGUGCAAAUCGUCCGACUACGUAUGAUGACGAUGACGACGAUGAAGAUGAAUUCGAUCGACAAAUUCGUUUAGAAAAAACAAAAAAAUUACAAAAUGAAGCCGAGAAAACUAAAACACGAGUUGAUCCAGAUGGAACUAUUUAUGAAUGGGAUCCAAAUGUGAAAGGAUGGUUUCCAAAAGUAUCUGAAGAAUUCUUAGUAGAACAUCAUAUGAAUUAUGGUCUUGAAUCUUCAUCAGGAAUACGAUACGAUGUUCAUCAUCAAACAUAUAUUCAAAAUCGUGAUGGAAUGUCAUAUAAAUUAGAUAAGGAAACUCAACAAUGGAUUCCAUUACAAUCAUAUACAGAUGAAACAAAUCAUAUUAAAUAUACAUUUUCCAAAAAACAUAAUACAUGGAUACCUGAUGUUAGUACUUAUUCAACAAAUGAUUCAGAAGGAAAACAACAAACAUAUGUGUGGCUAACUGAUCAACUUAACUGGUUACUUUUAUCGACUGUUGAUGCUUAUACAGAUCAUAUCACAAGAAUUAAAUAUAAAUGGAAUGAACAAACAAACAGUUGGGAUAAUGAAGGUAUUGAACCAAGAAUAGAAGAUGAUGAUGAUGAUAUUUCAUCAAAGGAAAAGAAAACAAUCAUUCCAAUAGCAACACAAACUGUGCAGAAGAAACCAACUGAAGGUUGGUUUGAAGUACCUGAUGAAAAAAAUUGUAAUGUUUAUAUAAGUGGUCUUCCACUCGACAUAACCGAUGAAGAAUUUGAAGAACUUCUCUCAAAAUAUGGAAUUAUUUCACCAGAUCCAAAUGAUUCACGACAGAAAAAAAUUCGUUUAUAUAGAGAUGAACAGGGAAAUCCAAAAGGUGAUGGCAGAUGUCGAUAUUUACGACCUGAAUCUGUUAAAUUAUGUAUUGAUAUGCUUGAUGACACGGAACUUCGCUGCUCGAAAAUUCAUGUUGAACGUGCAAAAUUCGAAGUUAAAGGAACAUUUAAUCCAGAAUUAAAACGUAAAAGAAAAAAAAUAGAUAAAAAAACAAAACAACUUGAAGUAGAUAAACUCCUCAAUUGGGAUGAACGUCCAGAAAUUGUUAGACACAAACAUGAAAGAAUAAUUGCUAUGAAAAAUAUGUUUGACUUAAAUCAGUUCAAAAAUGAUCCAUUAUUUAUUGAUAAAUUACGAAAUCAAAUUCGAGAUUCAUGUAGCGAAUAUGGCGAAGUUAAAAAAAUUAACAUUUAUGACGCAAAUCCAGCAGGUGUUGUGACUGUUGGUUUUGCAGAUAUUGAACAAGCCGACAUAUGUUGUCAAUAUAUGAAUGAUAGAAUUUGGCAUGGAAGAGUCAUUGAAUGUAAAAUUUGGGAUGGUUCAACAAAAUAUGAUGUUGCACCAGCAGAAGAAGAAGAAAAACAAAGAAUUGAUGAAUGGCAUAAAUAUUUAAAUGAAAAUGAUGAUGAACAAGAGUCAUAG